AUGGGAAGCAGCCACCUUGUAGUCCUCUUCUCACUCCUGCUCCUCCCUUUGGCCUUCCCUUCCAUAGCUGCUAUUGGAGAUGUCCCAACAAAAACACCAGAGAACAAAACAGAAGUGGUGGUGGAAGGCAUUGUCUACUGCCAGAGCUGCGAGCACGUAGGAACAUGGUCUUUGACUGGAGCCAAGCCCAUCCCUUCGGCUAAAGUAGGUGUAGUCUGCAAGGACCACAAAAAAAGAGUCAGCUUCUACGAGGCUUUUGAAGCAAACGAAAAUGGCUACUUCUAUGCACCACUGGAGGGAUUCAAGAUGAGUAACUCUAUAUUGGAGCAUCCCCUCCAAGCGUGCAAAGUGAAACUCCUUUCAUCUCCUGUUGUAAACUGCAGCAACCCCACCAAUGUUAAUUAUGGACUCUACGGCUCUCCUCUUCGUUAUGAAGAGAAGAAACUGAUUGGAAAGAACUAUGAGGCUGUGAUCUAUGCUGCAGGCCCCUUGGCUUUCCGUCCAGCUUAUUGCCCUAUCAAACCUCACAACUAA